ACCCAGCUGAAGCGCAGAUCACAGUCUAUUUAUUGAACCUUUACUCUUAGUUGUGGGUGCUCCGCCUUCAGUGUGAGGGGGUUUUAAUAAGUCCACAACUUUCCACCCAGCUCAGCUCUUAAGUGUCUUUGUUUAGGGGGUUUACCGGGAUCCAGCCUCUCGUUUGGAAACUCCGGGGAUGAUAUCACCAUGUGAGGAGGAGAGAGAAAGCUCUGCUAGUGCAAAGCUGGAAAGUGAAAGUAAAGUUGUCACAAGUAGAAUGUGUGCCACCCUGGAUCAGAGCAGACGAACAACACCGACACUGCAGCACGUGUGAGUCUGGAUGGUCCCGGUUGCAGUAUGACAUCAAGGAGACACCUCUUUCUUUUUAUGUUCCUGAGCACGGUCGACCUUUCAAAACAGGGGUGUCUUGACAAUUUCGAUCUAAUGAAGGACUGGGGAGGAAAUCUGACCGACACUGUCUCCCUAGUCAAAACUCAAUAUUCCAAGGACACAAUGGAGUGUACUUUGGAGAGAGAGUGCCUACGAGGUACAGAACUAGCAUGUGGAUUGCUAAGUGACUGCUAUUACAGAGACUGCAAAAAUAAGAGUGAGAAGUGCGAAGGGGAUUCUCAGGAUAUCUAUUUCUAUCACUUCAUGUGCCUUUUGGCCAAAACUGCCAACGAAACAGUCAAAGGCUGCGAAUAUGACACCGUAUGUGAGCUCUAUUCAGAGAUCUCAUCGACUGAUUCUGAUCAGAAAACAACAUUGCCACCAACAACAACAACAUUGCCACCAACAACAACAACACUGCCACCAACAACAACAACACUGCCACCAACAACAACAACACUGCCACCAACAACAGUCACACAGCUCUCAGUUACCGGAUGCACUGACAAACGUUUCGGAAAUAAUGAAACAGACACCUUAACCCUGAAGAUGGUAUUGAUGAUGUCUGGGAUCCUCAAUGUGGUCUUGCCACUGGCUGUUUACCUGUACAUGCGCGACCAGCGGACGAAGGACAGGAUACCGUGGGAUGCAACCUAUGAGUCGAAUGGAAACCCACCAGGAGAUCAGCCAAUGACAGAGUUGAAGUCCACACCGAUGACAUUUACAAAUGGGGCUGGAGAGAACACACAUUUGAUGCAGCCUUCUGAUUGUCAAUCCGUCCUCACACAUUCAGCUGAGAGGCUGUAAGUAGGAAUUGUGGUGCUAUUCGAGAGGGAACGCAGCAACUGUAUAUUCUUAAUGCAGCACAGCUGUGGGAUGUAACAAAGUAUCUGGAUGCCAGGAGGAUCUGCUGGUAACAGGACAGAAGAAGUGAAUGACUGUGGUUUGCCAACAUCUUGUGGCCCCGAGUAGGAGUGAACAAGCUGCAGCAUGCCAGCUCUCUCAGCCAUGCUGCAGUCUCUAUAAUCAAGAUGGAGUAUUGCCCCAGCACUAAGCCAAAGGGAAAUGAAGUGCAAUGGGACUCUAUGGAGUCAAGUCGACUGAGCUACUCAUCUGGACCAACUUUUGAAGAAUUAUAGACAGGUCAUUGGAAUCAAUUGUAGCAACACUUGUAAAAUACGCCAGCUAUUGAGCCUAUUACUGCUAUAGUUAUGUGUUUGUUUUGGAUGCAUGAAAAAAUGAUGAUGUGAUACACAAAGGCAACUGACAUAAGCUUACUAACCAGGACAAUUAAUCGUAAUAAUAACAAAUUAAUCACUCAUUUUUUUAUCUGUUCAAAGUCAGAGUGCUGUCUUGACUAUGAUUUGCCCCAAACUGCAUGUGAUUAUCAUAAAGUGGGCAUGUCUGUAAAGGGGAAA